AAAGGAGAGCGCGAGAGGGAGUGAUUGGGGAGUUUUAUAGGCGUUUUAAGAGGAGCAAAGAAAUAAAGGAAGAAUGGCGAGCGAGGAUGAUAGCGCAGUGAAGGAGCCUUUGGAUCUCAUUAGGCUCAGUCUCGACGAGCGCAUCUACGUCAAGCUCCGAUCCGACCGUGAACUCCGCGGCAAACUCCAUGCUUAUGAUCAACAUUUGAAUAUGAUCCUUGGUGAUGUCGAAGAAAUUGUUACCACUGUCGAAAUUGAUGAUGAAACAUAUGAAGAGAUAGUUCGGACUACAAGGCGUACAGUGCCAUUCCUCUUUGUUAGAGGAGAUGGUGUGAUAUUGGUUUCCCCGCCGCUGAGGACAGCUUGAUUUUCAAGGGGAUGUGUACCGGUUCAUUCUCAUAGGACACAUACAGUAACAUAAUAUAUGUCGCUGUGCUCUUAACCUUAUCUAGCCUUUUGCUGUCGCACUGAUGAAUAUGUACGAGUUAUAUGUUAUUCUGGAUUUGUCUUAUUGAUUUAGAAAACUCUUGCUUUCUAUU